AUGAUGGUGAAAGAAAAAAAAGAAGGCAGAAAACAAGGCGACGUUGCCGCCCCAGUAGUGGGCAAACGCGCCCACACACACACACACGCUCAGCUGAUUGUGCCUCGUCCGUCAUGCCGACCCCCCUCACCGCCGCCUCCGCCACGCGAGGCAUGCACGCCUAUCGAUUCUGCAGGAAAACGGGUCUUAGAGCCCCGACAGACGACCUCGUGUGUGCGCAAAGACAACGACACAGCUGAGCUGGGUGCAGUUCUUUACGAGGGAAUUGCCGUGGCAACUGCCGCCCACACAAGCGUGAUAAAGACCGGCUUAGGCGUAGCUGAGACCAAUGAGUCGGGUGUACAAGAAACCACCAACAAUCGAAUCGCCCUGCGCGUCGUCACUUCACCCCAACUGUGGACCGUGCUGAUUCGACUGGUCACCCAGACUCCCGGUUGA